CCUGAAAGUGAAGAUUUGACAAAAGAUUCAUCAUGGCAGUCAUGAGAGCUCUUGUGCUUCUUUUCUUGGUCUUUUCUGUUGAGAAUGCAGCAGCUCAAGAGAAAUGCUCCUAUGGAUGGACACCUUUUGGUCUGCAAUGCUUCAAAUUCUUCUCUGAGUCAGUAAACUGGGCCACAGCUGAGAAAAACUGUCAAUCCAUUGAUGCAAAUCUUGCAUCUGUGCGCAAUAAAGUGGAAAACAACUUUCUUCUGAGUCUGAUUGUGCCUGCUGACAAACGUGCUUGGAUUGGUGGCCAUGAUGGCGAAAUUGAUGGACAAUGGCUGUGGGCUGAUGGAUCUCAAUUUGACUUUAUCAACUGGUGCUCUGGGGUACCUGACAAUUAUAAAAAUAAACCAGAGAACUGCCUGGAGAUAAACUUAAACCUUCCAGAGUACUCAUUACGCAAUUGCUGGAAUGACGAGUCCUGUUCAACCACAAUGAGUUACAUUUGUGCCAAACCCAUGUGAUCAUAAAAAAUCAAUCUGUUUCAAAAGUACUGUGAUUGUAGUAUAAGC